AAUCCAAACAAAUAUAGGCUGCUACAGAGGUAUAUUAACAUAUAAAUUGUGAAAUUUUAUACAGUCGUUGAUCAUAUAAUUAGUUGCAAUAUGUCUGAACUUAGAAAAUCGAUUUUGAAACUCCAAGGAAAGCGCCCUGGCAAGACCCUGACACCAGUGAAAAAUUAUACUCCAAUUAAAUGGACGGAGUAUUUUGAAAAACAAGAAACAGUGGAAAUAACAAGUGGAAAAUUUCAUAUAUAUACAAAAGGAUUUGAGGGGCCAAUUUUAUUAUGCCUUCAUGGUGGUGGAUAUUCUGGCUUAACUUGGGCAUUAUUCGCAGAAGAAGUAUCAAAAUUGAUUAAUUGUAGAGUAAUAGCAAUAGAUUUAAGAGGUCAUGGAAAUACAUCUACAAUUAACGAUGCUGAUUUAUCAUUAGAAAUGUUGUCUCAAGACGUGGUUGAAAUUGCAUCAAAACUAACUGAAACAAACCCUUCUCCAAUUGUGUUACUUGGACACAGUAUGGGAGGUGCUGUGGCAGUAGAAGCAGCACAUCAUAUUGAUUGUGUAGUAGGGCUUUGUGUAAUUGACGUAGUUGAAGGCACUGCUUUAGAUGCAUUGUCCUCAAUGCAAAGUAUCCUUAGAGGGAGACCCUCUCAUUUCAAAAGUCUUCCUCAUGCUAUCCAGUGGUGUUAUAAAGGAGGCCAAACUCAUAAUUUAGAAGCAGCUAGAGUUUCAAUGCCAGGGCAAAUAGUAAGCAUCAAAACUGGCAAAUUAGCUGCAGAUGAUUGUGAUAACAUUGAUGAGUCAGUAUUAUUAUCAUCCGAUUUGAUGAAGGGAACCAUUCACUCCCCUUUAGAACUUCCCGAAGUAAUUGAAAAUGAGGAAGAUGAAGCUGUGCACACACAAGAAUCAGAUAAUUGUGUUGAUUGCGGUAAACCACCUCUUUCGAAAAAUCAGAAAAUUGAUUUAUUCAAAAAUUCAAAUGUCGCUAAAGUCGAAUCGGGAGGACCUCAGUAUACUUGGAGGAUUGAUCUCAGUAAAACAGAGAAGUUCUGGGCAGGUUGGUUUAAAGGUUUAUCGCAGAAAUUUUUGGAUUUACGUAUACCAAAACUUUUGUUAUUGGCAAAUAUACACGGAUUAGAUACAGCUUUAACAGUUGGUCAGAUGCAAGGGUGCGCCAGAGAAACUUACUUAUUUGGAAAAACUCCCGAGCGGUGAGUUGGGGGAGUAGAGGAGUGGGAGGAAGCGCAUCCGGAGGGGGAAGUCCCCAAGUAUGUCACCCCCCUAGUCAGUUGCCAUCAUGCUCUGGUCGAGAGAGCAACGGGCAUUCGCCGUUGAGAGUUAUUUUUCUAAUAAUAGCUCAAUUGUUGAAACAAAACGUGCAUUCCGCGCUCGUUUUGAAAUUCCUCCUCACAGACUUGUUCCUGGCUGUAAUUCAAUUCUGUCGUGGGCUAUCUCAUUUCGGGAGUACGGAAGUGUCGCUAAACCCAGACCUGGACAUCAAAGGACCACCAGAACUCCGGAAAAUGUCGAAAGAGUGAGACAGUCAAUUCUGCGUUCUCCUCGGCGGAGCUGCUCUGGGAAUUUCUGACACCACUGUUCGACCAAUUAUCCAUUACCUUCAUUUUCAUCCCCAUAAAUUGGCUGUUGUGCAAGAAUUGACUGAAUGCGAUUUUGCUGCCCGUCAAAACGCAUGUGAAGUGCUGCUUGACAACAUACCUCAAGGUGCGGUCGUUUUAUCAGUGACGAGGUCACUUUCACAUUUCGGGCUGCGUCAACAAACAAAACAUGCGUUAUUGGAGUGGUGAAAAUCCGCGCGAACUUCACCAGAAGCCACUUCAUUGCGAACGAGUUACUGUCUGGUAUGCGAUGUCGGUAAUGGGAAUAAUUGGUCCUUAUUUUUUUGAAGAAAACGAACGUGCAAAUGAACGUUAGAGACGUGUGGUUUCAGCAAGAUGGAGCCACAGCAUACACAGCACGAGACCCAAUGGAUUUGUUGCAACAUUUCCCUGGCUGCCUCAACUCUUUCAGAGGUGAUCUCCUAUGGCCGGCACGCUCUCCAGAUUUGGCUUCAUGCAAUUUUUAUUUAUGGACUGAAUGAAAAAAAACUUGGGACAUUGUAUUCUCAAAUAAAAAAAUAAUUAAAACGAUAUCUGAAGUACUUUUGUUUUUAUUCACCUUUCAAAUAAGUAAGUUUCUCUGGCGCACCCUGUAUAUUAAGGAGUGUGAGGAUUUAAAAGCGAAAAGAAGGUUAUCUAUAUAAUUUUUUUUGAAGGUAAUCAGGAAGAGUUUUUUUUUAUAUUUUUUGCAGCACUUGGAAGUGAAAAACACGAUUUUAGCUCCAAAAAUCGCGGUUAAUUUGUUAUAAAAAAAAUUUAAAAAAAAGAAAAACAAACUCUUCCUGAUUACCUAUUGAUUUAUGUGAAGAAGUAAUAUUCAAAUUUUCAAAAGAAGCGGUUCAGUAGAUUUUGAGUUCUAAUCUACACGAUCUUCAAAAAUGACGUUUUCGGAAAAUCUAUUUAAAGUUUUUGGUACGUGAAAAUUCGAAAUAAACCAUCAAUAAAAAACAUAAAUUUUUAUACUUACGUAGAGUCAUCGAUGCCAGAAAUAUACAGAAAAAGAAGAGGGAUUGGGGAAAACGAAGGAAAUUGUAGUUGCUUUCUACUAGGGGUGACGAGCGGUUACCGAGCUGGUAUAAAAAAUCAAGUAUCAAGGCCGGUCGUUUAAUCGUUGGCGUUGCAGGUUCUCUGCGGUUCACCAGCCAAUAAUGUAGCCGCAGUUGUGACCGCCCGCCCCCCACUUUAAUAAAAAAUAAACAAAGAAAAAAAAUUCAAUAAUUAAAAAAAAACAAAUAGAAAAACAAAAAAAAUUACAAAAUAUCCCUAAACCGAGAAGACCUGUUUUUGCUUACACCAUCUUCCCCUUUUCGUCUUCUUCUGGUCAAUUGUCGUUCGCUUUUCCUCCUUUCAGCCAGGAGGCCAAGCACAACCCUACGCAACCUCCACGACCUUGUAGAAGAGCAACUUCUAUAUCAGGGCCAAUUCCAACAAACCUUGAUAACGUUUUAACGAAGAAAUCAAGCAAAAACGGCGGUAUUUGGCUAAGGAGAAAGUGUUGUUUCGUCAAGACAAUGCACCAGCUCACAGGUCCGUUAUUGUAAUGGCCAAAAUUAAUGAAUUAAAGUUUGAAUUGCUACCUCAUGCACCCCAUUUACCAGAUUCAGCCCCCUUGGAUUAUUUUCUGCUUCCAGACUUGAAUAAACGGCUCGGUGGUCAGAGAUUUUACAACAAUGAAAAGGUGAUUUCAGCAGUUAAUGACUAUUUUCAGGAGCUUGGUGAUUCUUAUUAUAAUAAGGGUAUCGAACUUACUGAACAUCCAAUGUAUGGAGCUAGAAAGAGAUUACGUUGAAAAAUUAUUAUAUUUUUUUUCAACAUUUUCUGUUUUCUUUGUUGGGCCAGGAUCUUCUGGGACCAUCCUCGUAGUGGAUGACAGUUUGGGUCAAAUGCAUAAGUCCUUUAUAUGUCUUCUGUGCAGAUAUUAUACAAAGCCUUUUUGCUGCACUUUUAAGAAGCUUUUUCAGCAUUGCGAAGCACAAGUUGGUUAAAUAGUGCGGCAUCCAAUAUUUUUACGAUCGAUCAAAUGAUCUAGACAUAUCAGUUUUGAUAUUUCAAUUUCUCAGUAUGUCACAAGUGUGUUAAUUCAAGGAAACGAUUGAUGUUAUCAGACAAUCUUCUCGGAUUUUGUCCUGGAUACGUCGGAAUUUAGUACGUUAAUCAUUUUCUGUACAAUAUUGGAGUACCCAUGACUUGUCUUUUUCUUGCUGAUUACCGUUGGCGAUAUUCAUACUGAAUACAAUGUUUACAGCAAAACUAUGCCAACACUCACGAUUGAUUUUUUAAACAUUUUUCGAAUCCUUUUACUCUCAAAAAACAUCUCCUGAAAUUUCAUAGCGAAAUUCGAAAUAAUAAGAACGUUAUAAUAAUUCGAGUGCUCUAUAAUCACUUUGGAUUGACAGCUACUUUUUAAACUAAGUUAGAAUUUCUGGAACCGUUGGUGAUAUUUAUACUAAACACAUUGUUCUGUACUUCUACACUCACAAUAACACGGUGA